AUGGAGGGGGGCUGGGGGUGGGGCAUGUUUGGUGGCAGCACCGCAAAGAGCAGCGGCGUGGGCGUGUCCGGGCCCCUGAACAACAAUGUGGCGAAUGCGGAGGCCGGUGAUGGCCCACUGCUGGGAACGCAUCGAGGAAGAGCUCUGGAAGAUGCUUGGCAUGGGGCAUGGAAGUGGGCAGAUGUCUUCCCCGCUGAGCACAUCGAGCUGGCUGCGGCCCAAUUCCGUGAUGCCAAACAGCACCAGGAAUAUGCAUUGCAUCAGGGGCUGCUUGGGCUCCGGAUCUUCUCGGGGGCGGUGCGGCCCAAUUCGCUACCUGAGGACGUAAAGCAGCGGCUGAAGGCGACGAAUCUCGUCUGUCGUGAUCAGUUGGUCCCAAUGAUCCUGGGAGUGGCUGGACCUCACUCUGCUUAUGACCAAGACCAGAUAAACAAUGUUGUGGCCUGGGUUAGCAACGGUGAUGACGAACUUGGCAGUCGCCUUCAGUUCUCUGUGCUCCGCUUCCUGCAGCAGCUGCGGGACGACCCACCACCAUGGACACAGCGACAAGGGCGGCUCGUCGACGACGACGGGCAAAUCGCGCGAACCCACAAGGAGCUUCAGGCGUUCGCGCGGACGGAGUUUGUGAUCCGAGAGCAAAGCAACAUGAUGCAAUGGUCAUAUUUCGCUCGAGUCUUGGGCAUUUUGGAUUCGGAGUUGGACAGGGGAUUAGAUGUUCAGGAGGAGCCACGGGAAAGCGACGACGAUAUCGGCGAUUUGCCGUCUGUGCCUCCGGUGUCUCGCACAUUUAUCAACUACCGCCAAGGCUCCGAGGUGGAGGAGGGGCGCACAGUGACGCACAGGGAGGAAGACUGGGACGACGACCGAAGGGACACCGAGCGAGAGGAGUCUGUCAGAAAAAUGGUCCACUUCGUGCUCGGUCAACUGAAGGAUGCGGAGAUUUCCAUGAAGGCUAUGUGGAUGAAGCAGGUGGCCCAGCAGCUUUCAGACGCAAACGAGACGGAUUGCGACCUUCACCUCAAGAGGUCACGUUCCCGAGCUGCAUCCGAAGGCAGUGCCCGAGACUUGUCCUGA